AUGGCUCCGGAACAGACACUUACAGAUGGUGAGGCUCCACCUACAGCUCUCUCACAAACUGCAGGGGUGGAGCUGAACCAAGCCGCUUCAGAGGGUCUGCCGGACUUUCCACAGACUCAGACCACUGCCGUGCCUGACAUUCCACCAACUCCACUUGCGGAGGUUCCACCCACAGCACCGGAUCCAGGGGACUUGGUUUCAACGCCACCUAGGGUCGCACCACAGCCUCAGCAAGAAUCGGGCGGCCCCCCCGUACCUGGGUACCGGUCCCUGGAGGUCUGGCAGAGUUUCCAAGUGCCCAACUUAUUAAAGGUCUAUGUUGCUGGACAUGUAAUACUGUCGGUCUAA